AUGCGUGGACAUAAUCUGAUACUAUUUAAUCUACUAUUCUGUCUAUUCGAGACUGUAUCAUGCUUUCAUAUGAAAGCUUCACAAAUUAGAAUUUCUGAAGCCUCUAAGGCUGCCUAUGAGAAAUAUUUACAUGACACAUGUCAGGAUAAGAAGCAAAAUGAGUACUCCGUCGAAGAUUACUUGGAAUGGGAACAGAGUGAAUUUUUGCGGAGUUUGCGGAUAGCGCUGCUUCCGGAGACGAUAGACGGCGACUUCAGAUCCGCACUGCAAAGCGGAAUAACGACAAUUGUGCCAAAUUUGUUUACUAUACCGUCACAUCCCACUAGUCACUGCCGUCGGCGUAAUGAAACGACGGACUUUGAAGAGCGAGUGCAUGUGUACACAACCUUCGAGGAUUUGCUAAUAGAUUUAGUGCUCACCGCAAAAAUCGCAGAAGGCGCUCUUGGUCCUCCAUAG